AAGAAUAUUUUGAAGUAUCCAACAAUCCUAAAGCAGGAACUUAUCAUAAAAGUUGCUGGGCUGAAAUAGAAAAAGAACAGCAGAAUAGCAACAAUUAUCCUACUUGCCAAGAGUGUAAAAAGCUAAUAAAAGCAGGAGAAGAACGUGUCAGCGAAACUAUGCCUGAUGCUUUUAGCCCUCAAACUUUUUAUUAUCAUAAAGCUUGUUUUAAGAAAACACAAUGUUCUAAAUGUUCUAAUCCAAGGCUAGAAGAAGAAUUGCUAAGGAAUGCCGAAUACUAUCAAUCACUUUUUUACGAUUUAACUGAGGAAGAGAAAAGAGAAGGCAAACGAAGGUUAAAAGAGACGAUUGAAACUAUCGAAAGAGAUUUAUAUCCUGAAAGGAAUAAGGGUAAAGGUGGUUCGGAAGACUUCUUUUAUAGUGAUAAAAAAGUAAGAUAUAUUCCAGAAAUAGCGGGUAGAUUGAAAUUCUUAUCAGAUGAACAACAAAAUAAAACUCUACAAUGGUUUAGUCAAGACAUUCAUAAGUUCCAAAAAGAUGAAUUAGUAAAAUUUGAAGAACCUUUAGAAUUAGAAAAAGAAGUUAAGAAAAUAGAGACUAAACCAAAAAAAAGUUCUGCAAUGUUAGCGAAUGAACUAUUCGUAGAUGGAAUAAAGAAGAGUGCCUCAACUGUUUGUCGCCUAUACAAAAAGUAUGGUAUCUCUCAUCUAAAACCAACCUAUCAUUAUUCAGAGCAGCAAGCACUUUUAGGCAAGAUUAAGCCCUUAGUAGAUACCAUUAGGAUUUUGCCUUCAUCCCAAGUAUUGGCUGAGGAUGAAUGUGCUUUCUAUCUAAAUGAGGCACCCCGAAGACUUUAUGGCUUAAAAGGAGAAAGGAUUAUUUCUUGGAAGCCUGGAAACAUC